AUGUCAACUAGAAGGACGCUCCCCAACCUCCUGAUUACCGGCACCCCAGGCACCGGGAAAACCACUGUUGCCAAGGCUGUAGCCGAAGCUACUAAUUUGGACUACACUAAUGUCAACGAUCUUGCAAAGGAGCGCAACCUUUAUGAUGGUUAUGACGACGAAAAUGAUUGUCAUAUUCUUGACGAGGAUCGCGUCGUGGACGCACUCGAGGAACAGAUGUCUCGUGGUGGUCAGGUACUCAUCACAAAGCGCCAUCGGUUUUAUUUCAGAUUCUGGAUUAUCAUUCCUGCGACUUCUUUCCCGAACGCUGGAUUGAUGCAGUUUUUGUUUUGCGCACCGACAACGCUGUUUUAUAUAGACGGCUUGCUUCUCGCGACUACAGCCCCUCGAAAAUCGCCGACCUGA